CUCGCCAGUGUCUUGAGUUCAUGCCGUCAUAAUUCCUUUGAUCACCAUUAAUUUCUACUUCGCUGGGUCGAACCAACCCGCCCCCGAUAUCAACCCUGCUCUCAGGACUGGGACCUCCCGCCCCGACUCCCCGACACGCCACCUAAUACACAAUCUACACCGAUAUCCGUGAUGGAGGGCCAAAACGAGAACGAUGAGCUUUACCCUAUCGCGGUGCUCAUUGAUGAGCUGAAGCACGAUGAUGUCCUCCUCCGUCUCAAUGCCAUCCACCGCCUAUCUACCAUUGCUCUGGCUCUGGGUCCCGAGAGAACCCGGGAGGAGCUCAUUCCAUUCCUGGACGACUCCGUGGAAGACGAAGACGAGGUAUUGACCGCGCUGAGCGAAGAGCUGGGUAACUUCACAGAGUAUGUUGGAGGACCGGAACACGCGCACGUGCUCUUGUCUCCGCUGGAGAAUCUCGCGGCGAUUGAGGAGCCUUUGGUUCGGGAAAAGGCUGUCGAAUCUCUCAACAAAGUGUGUGAGCAGUUGUCUGAGAGCCAAGUUGAAGAACACUUUGUCCCCCUGGUCCUCCACCUCUCCAAAGCCGACUGGUUCACCUCCAAGGUCUCAGCAACCGGCCUGUACUGCACACCAUACAAGAAAGCCACUGCAGCAACGCAGCAGAGCCUCCGACAGCAUUUCGGGGCCCUGGUACAUGAUGAGACCCCCAUGGUGCGGCGGCAAGCGGCGAACAACUUGGCCAAGUUCGUCAAGGAGAUGCAGACUCCCGUCGUUAUCGAUGAAAUGAUACCCCUCUUCCAAUAUCUGGCGAGCGACGAUCAGGACAGCGUUCGUUUGCUGACUGUCGACAUCCUCAUCGCGAUCGCAGAGGAAAUCCCCAAGGAACAGCAGCCCAGCCACGGAGUGUUGCUGACUUCGCUGCGGAAUUUGUUUGAGGAUAAGAGCUGGAGGGUCCGAUACAUGGUCGCCGAUAGAUACGAGAAGAUCGCCAAAGCAGUACACGAAGAAGUUAUCACACGCGAUAUGGUACCCGCGUUCGUUAAGCUUCUGAAGGAUACCGAGGCUGAGGUCCGCACGGCGGUCGCUGGCCAAAUUCCUGGCUUCUGCAGCUUGAUUGACCGCGACACCCUGCUUAACGAGAUCAUGACCAGCGUAGAGGACCUUGUUUCGGAUCAAUCUCAACAUGUCCGGGCUUCGCUGGGCACUCAGAUCAGCGGUCUUGCACCUAUCCUUGGGAAAGAGGAGACCAUUGCUCACCUGCUCCCUAUGUUCCUUUCGAUGCUCAAGGACGACUUCCCCGAUGUUCGCCUUCACAUCAUUUCCAAGCUCGAGCAGGUUAACAAAGUUAUUGGCAUUGAUCUUCUCUCCCAAUCCCUGCUCCCCGCCAUUGUUCAGCUGGCUGAGGAUAAGCAAUGGCGUGUUCGUCUUGCCAUCAUCGAAUAUAUUCCUCUUCUUGCGAGCCAAUUGGGAGUCAAGUUCUUUGAUGAGCAGUUGAGCGAUCUGUGCAUGGGUUGGCUAGGUGACACAGUCUUCUCGAUCCGAGAGGCCGCUACCCAGAACUUGAAGAAACUUACAGAAGUUUUUGGUGUGGAGUGGUCCAAGGAGUCUAUUAUUCCCAAGGUGGUCGCCAUGGGACAGCACCCCAACUACCUUUACCGAAUGACAACAUGCUUUGCUAUUUCUACCCUUGCCCCCGUUGUCACUCUUGACAUUAUCGAAACCUCCAUUCUUCCCAUCCUGGACCGACUGGUGGCAGACGAGAUCCCUAACAUUCGGUUCAACGUUGCCAAGUCUUAUGCUGUUCUUAUUGAAACCUUGCGCCGCCUUCCAGCGGACAAGACCCUAGUCGAGGUAGAGAAGUCGGAAGAGACCAUCACUCCUUCGCCUCACAGCCAAGAGCUUAUCCAGCAAAAGGUUAUGCCCAGUCUGGCCAAGCUUCAGGAAGAUGAUGAUGUUGAUGUCCGAUACUUCGCCACUACUGCGGGUGGUGAUCCGGAGGAGGCCAUGCAGACAUCUCCUUGA